AUGGGACGACACCGCAGAAACUCUUCUGAUGACUCCGCAAAUGACGAUAUCAACCAGGCGAACAUUGUUGAUGAAUUUGCUGCCAAUAUCCCAGAUCAGGAACCAUCAGUAGUUGAAGGGGGUGUGGAGUGGGGCAAGGCAGUUGAAUACUGUCUGAAUGUUCCGAGGGUUUAUGUUGGGGGAUUGACGUUCAUGGAUGUCUUCAAUCAAGAUGACUACACCCAUCAAAGAACCGAGGUUCCUUGGUAUCCCUUUGCCAGCCAGAAAGAUUGGGAGGUCGCUUAUUGGUUGAUGCGAACAAACCUUAGCAUGUCGGAAAUUGAUGAAUAUCUAAAUCUUAGCUUUACAAAGGAAAAUUCUCUUUUGUUCCACCACACCAAGGAGCUACAUCAGUGGGUGGAGAUGUUACCAUCGGGCCCACGUUGGAAGUAUGAAGAUAUCCUAACUGACUUCCCUAUGAAGCACCUGCUUCGUAUAUUCUAUCGCGAUCCAAUCGACUGUUUGCAAUCCCUUCUCAGUAACCCUCAGCUUGCAGAUUGCAUCAAUUUCAAUUGUCAGAGGGUUUACAAGUCUGUUGAUAGACUUUCUCGUGUGUAUAGUAGUUUUAUGAUGGGUGACCAUUCGUGGUACCUCCAGUGUCAGGUUCCUCAGGGCGCUGUAAUGAUAGUCGCGGCGCUGGGCUCAAAACCCGUGUUUUUGAUACUCAUGUUAAACAGUAUUCAUCCGAUGCAUCCCCGACAUUCCGAUCCUGAUCCCGAUGCCCGACCCCGACCUGAAAGUUUCGGACCUGACAGUUUUCGCAUCGGACUCGUCCUCCCUAUGUCCUGUCCAGUCGUAUCUACCCCCACUGACAAAACAAAGGUCACCAAUAUAUCUGGUAAUCGAUACACUCACCCUGUCCUGAUAAGCCUUGCAAACAUUGCUUCUUCCAUGUGCGCUAAGGUUAUGCUCCACGCAUAUCUACUUGUCGCGCUCAUCCCAGUACCAAAGUUUGUCCAUUCUAACGUGAGGGUGCGUGGUGUACUUGUGGAUCGGCUGUUCCACCAGUGCCUCAGCAUUGUCACCGAAUCACUCAAGGCAGCUGCCAAAAUGGGCAUCAUGAUGAAUGACCCUAUUGGCAAUAGCAGGUAUUGCUUCACGCCCCUGGUUUCCUAUGUCGCAGACACUCCCGAGGAGCUUCUGUUCAAGGAUCCCUUCCGCCAUCCGCUUCACAAAGGAUUGUCUACCCUUGCUCGCAUCAAAGCAGUUUUGCGAUCUAUUUCACAUGCUGAUGUCUCCAAGUUCUUUGUGACGUGCAAGAAGUUCAACCUGAAUGGCAUCCAUGAGCCAUUCUGGCUGGAUUGGCCUUUGUCAGAUCCCUCUCAGUUCAUAACUCCAGAGGCUCUGCAUCACUGGCACCGCAUGUUUUGGGACCAUGAUCUCAAUUGGUGCAUUUUUGUUGUCAGCGUGGACGAACUAGAUUUUCGUUUCAUGCUUUUGCAAGUUUUUGUUGGGUACCGCAGCUUCAAAGAUGGCAUCUCCACUUUGAAACAAGUGUCUGUUAGAGAUCAUUGA